AUGUGGGAAGGGGGCGUGCACGGGAGCCACCAGGACGCCGCCCGCCUGCUGCCCCCCUGGCUCGGAGGCGGCCCGGCCGCGUUCGCCGACCCCGUCGGCGCCGCGGUUGGGGCCGGGUUCGGCGGCUACGCGUGCGACGUUGUGGGGCAAGCAGGCGGGGUGUUCGGGUUCGGGUUCGAGGCGGCCGUCGUCGCGGCGCAGCAGCAGCAUCAGCAGCAGCGCGCGGCGGAGGCUGCGGCGGCGGCGGCCGGGGGCAGCAAGGCCGUCGUGUCCGGGCUGCUCGGGAGCCUGCAGGCGGAGCUGGGCCGGAUGAACGCCGGGGAGAUCAUGGACGCCAAGGCGCUGGCCGCCUCGCGGAGCCACAGCGAGGCCGAGCGCCGCCGCCGGCAGCGGAUCAACGGGCACCUCGCCAGGCUCCGCAGCCUCCUCCCCAACACCACCAAGACGGACAAGGCGUCGCUGCUUGCCGAGGUGCUGGAGCAUGUGAAGGAGCUGAAGCGGCAGACGUCGGCGAUGACGAUGAUGGCGGCUGCCGUCGGGGGCGGCGAGGAUGACGACGCGGCGCCGGUGCAGAUGCUGCCGACGGAGGCCGACGAGCUGGGCGUCGACGCGGCGGAGGACGGGGAUGGGCGGCUCGUGGUGCGGGCGUCGCUGUGCUGCGAGGACCGCCCGGACCUCAUCCCCGACAUCAUCCGGGCGCUCGCGGCACUCCGGCUACGCGCGCACCGGGCGGAGAUCACCACGCUGGGCGGGCGCGUCCGGAGCGUGCUCCUCAUCACGGCGGAGGAGGGUGAGUGCGCUGACGAGGGCGGUGACGGUAUCGACGAGGAGUGCGCCGCAUCUCACCGGAGGCACGAGUGCAUCGCGUCGGUCCAGGAGGCGCUGCGCGGCGUCAUGGACCGCAGGGCGGCGUGCAGCAACGACACGUCGUCGUCCGGCGGUGGCGGCGGGAGCAUCAAGAGGCAGCGCAUGAACUACGGGGCGCAUGAGCAGUGCUCGGUUUAG